CUUCCCUUGCAGUGACGAGACGAACGCCGCGCAGGAAAAUGUUGGCCGUGAUCUUCGUCAUAGCGCUUGUAGGAGGAUCCGUGCACGGACUUGACAUCAAUGACGACGUCGGCAUCAACGACAACGUUGGCGUUGCUGUCAAAGACGAAGGCGCCAACGUCGAAGAUGCCAACGCCUACAUCGACUCGGUACUCGAGUUCGAGCUGCCGAAACGCAUGGCGACACUCGAUCCGCUCAAGGCGCGCAACUUCCAACCGGUCAACGGCCACCACCUGAACGGCACCAACAUGAGGUUCGUCUUCUUCGAAGUAACGGGCCUCCGAGGUAUUCGGCGCGACGGCGACUGCCAGCUGACCCGCGCCGACGAAGAACAUCCGACAACCUUGGAAUGCACACUCGCCACCGAACUUCGUUACGACGUCGUGGCUAACGUGACCUACCAGAACACGACACUGCACAACGUGAAGAUAAACGGCACCUUCGAGGGCGUCAGGGGUCCGCUUACCGUCACGUUCCAGAGGUCGCUGCCGGCCAAAGUCGAGUUCUCGCCUCGCUACGACGCCACGUGGGACAGUGUCUCGCUAUCACGACAGGCGCGCCCCCAUUGGUACGUCAUAAUGGAACGAGAGAUUCACCUGCAGAUGAUUAACGUGUUCGAGUUUGUGACAAAAAGAGCCUUCGCCAAGGCAAUGUUUAACGCGGCUAAGGAAGUCCCAUUCCCCGAGUGAAACGGGGGCGCGUUA